CAGUCCCCCUUCUGCCAGGCGCCUCGUCCACCUGUCCACCUCCGCAGCCUGGGCUUUGGAGGGGACCAGCCUGGGUGGGCCGCGGGGAUCCCCGGGCAGGCAGCGUCCCCUGGUGUUCGCGGCAGGGACUGCGGGGCGGGGUGGAAGCAGGGGGCCAGGAACAGCUGGAGGCCCGCCACACGCGCCACCCUCCUGGCCACACCAUUCCCCACCGCGACGUCUACCCUGGCGGAGAAGCUCCUGGGCGACAGGGUGGGAGGGCAGGUGGGACUCGGCCCCCCUCCCACAACCCCGCUCCCUGGCGAACUCUAGGGCCGCGAGGCCGGGGCGGGGAGGGGCCGGGCCGGGGGCGGCCUGGCAGGAAGCUGCGCGCACUUUCCGCCGCCGGGGGAGCAGGUGGCUGCCGUGCGGGUCGGGGCCCCUGGCUUCCUGUGUGCGCGCUCGUCCGCUGCUGUUUCCCGCCGGAGCUCGUUGGGCCUCCCGGGCCCACCCUGCCCAUGGCCCAGACCCCCGACGGCAUCUCCUGUGAGCUGCGAGGCGAGAUCACCAGAUUCCUGUGGCCCAAAGAGGUGGAGCUGCUGCUGAAAACCUGGCUACCCGGGGAGGGUGCUGUGCAAAACCAUGUCCUGGCGCUGCUACGAUGGAGAGCCUACCUGCUACACACCACCUGCCUCCCGCUGAGGGUGGACUGCACAUUCAGCUACCUGGAGGUCCAGGCCAUGGCGCUGCAGGAGACACCCCCUCAGGUCACCUUUGAGCUGGAGUCCCUGCGGGAGUUGGUCCUGGAGUUUCCUGGUGUGGCUGCCCUGGAACAGCUGGCUCAGCAUGUGGCUGCAGCCAUCAAGAAGGUCUUCCCUCGCUCGACCCUUGGGAAGCUAUUCCGGAGGCCCACACCUGCCUCCAUGCUGGCUCGGCUGGAGAGAAGCAGCCCCUUGGAGUCCACUGGCCCCUGCAGCCCCUGUGGUGGCUUCUUGGAGACAUAUGAGGCUCUGUGUGACUACAAUGGCUUCCCUUUCCGAGAGGAGAUUCAGUGGGACGUGGACACCAUCUACUAUCGCCAGGGCUGCCGCCAUUUCAGCCUGGGAGACUUCAGCCACCUCGGCAGUCGGGACCUGGCCUUGAGUGUGGCUGCCCUAUCCUACAACCUGUGGUUCCGGUGCCUCUCCUGUGUUGACAUGAAACUGAGCCUUGAGGUCUCAGAACAGAUUCUACACAUGAUGAGUCAGUCAUCACACCUGGAGGAGCUGGUGCUGGAGACCUGCGGCCUGAGGGGAGACUUUGUCCGACGACUGGCCCAGGCUCUGGCGGGACACUCGAGCUCUGGGCUGCGGGAGCUCAGCCUGGCAGGGAACCUGCUGGAUGACCGAGGCAUGGCUGCACUCAGCAGACACCUCGAGCGUUGUCCAGGAGCCCUGAGGAGACUCAGCCUCGCCCAGACAGGGUUGACGCCGCGAGGAAUGAGGGCUCUGGGCCGGGCACUGGCCACCAAUGCUGCCUUCGACUCCGCCCUGACCCACCUGGACCUUUCCGGGAAUCCCGGGGCACUGGGGUCCUCCGAGGACAGUGGGGGCCUCUAUAGCUUCCUGAGCCGUCCUAACGUGCUGUCGUUCCUGAAUCUCGCAGGCACCGACACCGCCCUGGACACUGUGAGGGGGUGCUCCGUGGGGGGAUGGAUGACCGACAGGGCGGACUGGAGGGCAGGACAGGGAGGGCUCGGUCCCCCAGCGGGUGCAGCCAACAGCCUCCCCCCGCAGCUCUUCGCAGCGCUGUCCCGAGGCUGCUGCACCAGCCUUACCCACCUCGACGCUUCGAGGAACGUCUUCUCCCGCACGAAGUCCCGCGCUGCGCCGGCCGCGCUGCAGCUCUUCCUCAGCCGCGCGCGGACGCUGCGGCACCUGGGCCUGGCGGGCUGCAAGCUGCCGCCGGACGCGCUCAGGGCUCUUUUGGAUGGCCUCGCGCUCAACACGCACCUCCGCGACCUGCACCUGGACCUCAGCGCUUGCGAGCUGCGCUCGGCCGGCGCCCAGGUGAUACAAGACUUAGUGUGUGACGCAGGCGCUGUGAGCUCCCUGGAUCUGGCGGAUAACGGCUUCGGCUCGGACAUGGUGACUCUGGUGCUGGCCAUCGGGAGAAGCCGGUCCCUGAGACAUGUGGCGCUUGGAAGGAACUUCAACGUCCGGUGCAAGGAGACCCUGGACGACGUCCUGCACCGGAUUGUCCAGCUCAUGCAGGACGACGACUGUCCUCUUCAGUCUCUGUCAGUGGCUGAGUCUCGGCUGAAGCUGGGCGCCAGCGUCCUACUCCGGGCCCUAGCCACCAAUCCUAACCUGACCGCGCUGGAUAUCAGCGGCAACGCCAUGGGGGACGCGGGCGCCAAGUUGCUGGCCAAGGCGCUCCGGGUCAACUCCAGGCUCCGGUCUGUGGUCUGGGACCGGAACCACACAUCUGCUCUGGGUCUGCUGGACGUGGCACAGGCGCUGGAGCAGAACCACAGCCUGAAGGCCAUGCCUCUGCCACUGAACGACGUGGCCCAGGCGCAGCGCAGCCGCCCUGAACUGACAGCACGUGCAGUCCAUCAGAUCCAAGCCUGUCUCUUGAGGAACAACCGCGCAGACCCUGCCUCUUCUGACCACACGACCUGCCUUCAGCCACUCGGUCUGGUCUCAGACCCCUCAGAGCAGGAAGUGAAUGAAUUGUGUCAGUCGGUGCAGGAGCAUGUGGAGCUGCUGGGCUGUGGGUCUGGGCCCCAGGGUGAAGCCGCUGUGCGCCAGGCUGAGGAUGCCAUCCAAAAUGCCAACUUCUCUCUCAGUAUUCUCCCCAUUCUAUAUGAAGCUGGAAGCUCCCCAAGCCAUCACUGGCAGCUUGGGCAGAAGCUGGAGGGCCUUCUGGGACAGGUGGGCGAGGUCUGCCGCCAGGACAUCCAGGACUUCACUCAGGCCACACUGGACACAGCAAGGAGCCUCUGCCCACAGAUGCUGCAGGGAUCCAACUGGAGGGAGCAGCUAGAGGGGGUCCUGGCAGGCUCGAGGGGCCUCCCAGAGCUGCUCCCAGAGCAGCUGCUGCAAGAUGCCUUCACUAGGCUCAGGGAUAUGCGGCUAUCAAUCACAGGGACCUUGGCAGAGAGCAUUGUGGCUCAGGCUUUGGCAGGCCUGAGUGCAGCGCGGGAUCAGCUGGUGGAGAGUCUGGCUCAUCAGGCAACAGUGACAAUGCCCUCUGCCCUACCGGCACCAGAUGGAGGUGAGCCCGGCCUCCUUGAGCCUGGGGAAUUGGGAGGUAUUUUCUUCCCCGAGGAGGAGAAGGAAGAGGAGGAGAAGGAUGACAGUCCUCCACAGAAAUGGCCUGAGCUCAGCCACGGUCUUCACCUGGUUCCCUUCAUUCAAAGUGCUGCUGAGGAAGCGGAGCCGGAGCCCGAGCUGGCGGCUCCGGGAGAAGAUGCAGAGCCGCAGGCUGGGCCGUCUGCGCGCGGCUCUCCGAGCCCUGCCGCCCCCGGGCCCCCGGCCGCCCCACUGCCCCGCAUGGACCUGCCACCGGCGGGGCAGCCCCUGCGCCAUCCGACCCGGGCCCGGCCGCGGCCGCGCCGCCAGCACCACCACCGCCCGCCGCCGGGGGGCCCCCAGGUGCCCCCAGCCUUGCCGCAGGAAGGGAAUGGGCUCAGUGCCCGCGUGGACGAGGGCGUGGAGGAAUUCUUCUCUAAAAGGCUGAUCCAGCAGGAUCGCCUCUGGGCCCCCGAGGAGGACCCGGCCACUGAGGGGGGUGCCACUCCUGUCCCCCGUACACUGCGAAAGAAGCUGGGCACCCUCUUUGCCUUCAAGAAGCCUCGUUCAACGCGGGGUCCACGACCUGAUGUAGAGACCAGCCCUGGGGCAGCUCCCCGAACCCGAAAAACUACGUUUGGCGACCUACUGCGGCCGCCAACCCGUCCCAGCCGUGGUGAGGAGCCUGGUGGGGCUGAGGGGGACACCAGCAGCCCUGACCCUGCCCGCAGGAGCCGACCUCGCUACACAAGAGAUAGCAAGGCCUACUCGAUGAUACUGCUGUCUGCUGAGGAGGAGGCAACGCUGGGUGCCAGACCCGACAAGAGGCGGCCCCUGGAGCGGGGAGAAACAGAGCUGGCUCCAUCCUUUGAACAGCGGGUACAAGUAAUGCUGCAGAGAAUAGGCGUCAGCCGAGGCAGCGGGGGUGCCGAAGGCAAGAGGAAGCAAAGCAAAGAUGGCGAAAUCAAGAAAGCUGGCUCAGAUGGUGACAUUAUGGACAGUUCCACGGAGGCCCCUCCCAUCUCGAUCAAGUCCCGCACCCACUCUGUGUCUGCUGACCCCUCCUGCAGACCUUGCCCAGGAAGCCAGGGGCCUGAGUCUGCCACCUGGAAGACACUGGGGCAGCAGUUGAAUGCAGAGCUCAGGAGCCGUGGUUGGGGCCAACAGGAUGGUCCAGGCCCUCCCUCUCCUGGUCAAAGCCCAAGUCCCUGCAGAACCAGCCCCUCCCGAGACAGCCUGGGCCUCCCAGAGGACCCUUGCUUGGGCCCUAGGAAUGAAGAUGGCCAGCUGAGGCCGAGGCCUCUCUUGGCAGGGCGGCAAGCAGUGUCUGUGCAUGAGGACCAGCUCCAGGCCCCUGCUGAACGGCCCCUGCGGCUGCAGCGCUCCCCGGUCCUCAAACGCAGGCCAAAACUUGAGGCACCUCCAUCCCCAAGCCUAGGAUCUGGCCUUGGAACGGAGCAUCUGCCCCCACAGCCCACAGAGCCCUCCAGCCCUGAGCGGAGCCCACCCUCCCCAGCCACAGACCAAAGAGGCGGCGGCCCCAGUCCCUGAUCCUCUCCUCUCCUGCCGCAUGAGAUUAUUUUAUUAAAAAACUCAAAGGAA